AUGGUGACGUUGGUGUGUGCCCUAGCCAUUGACCUGGGUCACCCGUUCGUGAUCGACCUGCUUGAGACCUGCAUACUCGAAGACCUCAGGCUGGCAGUCGCUCAGCGCAAUCCGGACGUGAUCAAGUGCCCGCUGCGGAAGCUGGAGCUGUUCUGCGCCCAGCGCGAUGGCAAGUGGCCGACGACCGCGGAGACGAGAGAGCUGGACCCUGAAGCGCUUGACUUGGAGCGCCUGGACUACCCUUUGUUUCGGCUCGAUCACGCUGGGUUUGGUGACCGUGAUGUAUCGGCCAACACCCACGUUGUCCAUGUAGUUCGAGUCUCUAAGAAUCACGAGCUGCAGCACGCGUCGGAGCCUACAAUGACGCUUGCAGAUGUUGAAGAGCGCUUUGAAAGCGCUGUGAAGAAUGUUACUAAUUCCUAUGCUGAUAAACAAAGUGUCUACGGAUUUUCAGAGUGCACCUAUUCGAAGGAGGAGGAGUUUAUCGAGAAGCUUGGGCUGUCAACAAAGAUGCUGGAGGUCAAAGAGGAGCUGGAGUUCUCCGUGAAGGGUUGUAACUGGGAGGAAAGUGACCACUAUUGUCAACGCGUGCGCUAUCUGGCUUACAUGGAUGAGCACUUGAAAGAUGCGCUAUUCCCGAACGACCGGUGGGCGGAAGAGUAUCGCAUCGUGUUUGGUGAACUUCGCUUGGUUAUCGAGCACUGGAUCGUUAGCAGGUAUCAGCAGCAGCUGCUGAUGGAGUUAAUCGUGGCCGAUUUCGAGAGUGGAGACGGACAGGCUCCUAUGGGCCACUUGACGGACCUGAACAAUGCCUAG